UGAGAAAGCAAGCAAAGCAAAACUGAAAUAUCAGCUGUCUCAGUGAAUUCGUGCGGUCAUCGUUCAUGUUGUUGUUUUCCUAACCAGCCCUCUCUCGCAUUGCGCGAUAAAACGAAGUGCCAUAAAUGUGUGCAUUUCGUUAGAUAAAAAGCGCUAAAGUGUAAAGUUUUUUAUUCAACCGCCAGACAUGGAGAGAUCUGAUGAUAGCAUUCAGGUGCAGACACAGAGCGGCCCUGUGGUGGGGCGACGCUGCACGGGCGUCUAUGGCGACGAGUACGUGAGUUUCGAGGGCAUUCCGUAUGCCCAGCCGCCGGUGGGACGUCUACGUUUCAUGGCCCCGUUGCCGGUGAUACCCUGGACGGAGCCUCUGGAUUGCACGGAGAAGGGCCCGAAGCCGCUGCAGUUCAAUCACUACAGCAAGCAGCUGGAGGGCGUCGAGGAUUCCCUGUAUUUGAAUGUCUAUGCCAAAGAGCUCCAUUCAGCGAAUCCACUGCCGAUGAUUGUAUUCUUUUUUGGCGGCGGUUUUGAGAAGGGCGACCCCACCACUGACUUGCACAGUCCCGACUAUUUUAUGAUGCGCGAUGUGGUUGUGGUCACAAUCUCCUAUCGAGUUGGGCCCUUGGGCUUUCUCAGUCUGAACGAUCCCGCCGUGGGCGUGCCCGGCAAUGCUGGUCUCAAGGACCAACUGCUGGGCCUCCAAUGGAUCACGGCGAAUGCGGCCAGUUUCAAUGCAGAUCCCAAUAAUGUGACGGCGUUUGGGGAGAGUGCCGGGGCGGCCUCUGUCCAUUAUCUGAUGUUGAAUCCCAAGGCGGACGGACUGUUCCAGAAGGCCAUUCUGCAGUCGGGAAAUGUACUGUGCACAUGGGCCCAAUUUCCGAUAACCGACAUGCCGCAGCGGCUGGCUGAAAAUCUGGGAAUGGAGAAUGCGCAUGCCGCCACCGAUGCCAUGAUCCUGGACUAUCUGCAAGCCAUGCCGGGGGAGAAAUUGGUGAAGCCGUAUCUGCUGAGUCAGGCCGAGCACAUGGACGACUGUGUGUUCCAGUUCGGGCCCAUGGUGGAGCCCUACAAAACGGAUCACUGUGUGCUGCCCAAGCAGCCUGCUGAACUGCUGGCCACUGCCUGGGGCAACAAGAUUCCCCUGCUGAUGGGUGGCACCUCUUUUGAGGGGCUCCUGAUGUAUGCUCGCGUGUUUGUGGCACCCUAUCUGCUGACCAGCCUGAAGGAUCAGCCGGAGCAUAUGCUGCCGCUGGAUGUGAAGCGUGCCCUGCCACAGGCUCUCGCCCGAAGCUUGGGCCAGCGUCUGCAGGUGACGCAUUUCGGGGAGAACGCUCUAGCCAUGUCGCCAGAGGGUGUUUUGGCCUACUGCGAGUACGCCAGCUACAAGGUCUUCUGGCUGCCCAUUGUGAGGCUGCUGCGUUCACGUCUGCGCCACAGUACGGCCCCUACCUACCUGUACCGCUUUGAUUUCGAUUCGCCGACAUUUAAUCAUCAGCGCAUCAAGUAUGUGGGGGACAAGCUGCGGGGCGUGGCCCAUGUGGAUGAUCAUUCGUAUCUGUGGUUCGGCAACUUCGCCUGGAAACUGGACAAACAUACGCCAGAAUUUCUAACCAUAGAACGGAUGAUUGAUAUUUUCACAAGCUUCGCUCGUAGCUCGAAUCCCAAUUGCCCGAAAGUCGCAGAGCAGCUGCCGCGAACCAAACAAUGGAUGCCCUUGGACAGCCGACAAUUGACCGUUGAGUGCCUUAAUAUUUCGGAAAGCAUCAAACUGAUUGAGUUGCCGGAACUACAGAAGGUGCGGGUGUGGGAGAAUGUUUGCAAAAUCAAGGACUAGCACUUCAAAAAAAUGCCUUUUCAAUGUUUUGUCGAAAUUCCAAGUGCAUUAAAAAAUUUCCAAAUAGUGGGCACCCACGAUA